GCAAAGAAACAGCAGCGCCGCCGCCGCUCCGCCGAGGCGCUGCGCCCCCCGGGGGGGGAGGCGGAGGAGGCGGGCAGCGGCGGAGGGAGGAGAGCCGGGGAGGGGGGCGCCGCGCUGGGAGGGAGGCAGCGCGCACGGUGCAGCCGGGCCGGGCGGGAGGCAUGGCGGGGCCCCCGGCCCUACCCCCGCCAGAGACGGCGGCGGCCGCCACCACGGCGGCCGCCGCCUCGUCGUCCGCCGCUUCCCCGCACUACCAAGAGUGGAUUCUGGACACCAUCGACUCGCUGCGCUCGCGCAAGGCGCGGCCGGACCUGGAGCGCAUCUGCCGGAUGGUGCGGCGGCGGCACGGCCCGGAGCCGGAGCGCACGCGCGCCGAGCUCGAGAAACUGAUCCAGCAGCGCGCCGUGCUCCGGGUCAGCUACAAGGGGAGCAUCUCGUACCGCAACGCGGCGCGCGUCCAGCCGCCCCGGCGCGGAGCCACCCCGCCGGCCCCGCCGCGCGCCCCCCGCGGGGGCCCCGCCGCCGCCGCCGCGCCGCCGCCCACACCCGCCCCGCCGCCACCGCCCGCGCCCGUCGCUGCCGCCGCCCCGGCCCGGGCGCCCCGCGCGGCCGCCGCCGCCACAGCGCCCCCCUCGCCCGGCCCCGCGCAGCCGGGCCCCCGCGCGCAGCGGGCCGCGCCCCUGGCCGCGCCGCCGCCCGCGCCCGCCGCUCCCCCGGCAGUGGCGCCCCCGGCCGGCCCGCGCCGCGCCCCCCCACCCGCCGUCGCCGCCCGGGAGCCGCCGCUGCCGCCGCCGCCACAGCCGCCGGCGCCGCCACAGCAGCAGCAGCCGCCGCCGCCGCAGCCACAGCCGCCGCCGGAGGGGGGCGCGGCGCGGGCCGGCGGCCCGGCGCGGCCCGUGAGCCUGCGGGAAGUCGUGCGCUACCUCGGGGGCAGCGGCGGUGCCGGCGGCCGCCUGACCCGUGGCCGCGUGCAGGGGCUGCUGGAGGAGGAGGCGGCAGCGCGGGGCCGCUUGGAGCGCACUCGCCUCGGAGCACUUGCAUUGCCCCGCGGGGACAGGCCCGGACGGGCACCGCCGUCCGCCAGCGCCCGCGCGUCGCGGAGCAAGAGAGGUGGAGAAGAGCGAGUGCUUGAGAAAGAAGAGGAAGAGGAAGAUGAGGAGGAGGAAGAUGAUGAUGAUGAUGUGUCUGAGGGCUCAGAAGUGCCCGAGAGUGACCGUCCUGCGGGUGCCCAGCACCACCAGGUUAAUGGCGAGAGGGGCCCUCAGACUGCCAAGGAGAGGGUCAAGGAGUGGACRCCCUGUGGACCCCAUCAGGGCCAGGAUGAAGUGCGGGGAUCUGUACCUGGCAGUGGCAGCCGCCAGGUGUUCUCCAUGGCCGCCAUGAAUAAGGAAGGGGGAUCAGCCUCUGUUGCCACCGGGCCAGAUUCCCCAUCCCCUGUGCCUUUGCCCCCAGGAAAACCAGCCCUACCUGGGGCCGACGGGACCCCCUUUGGCUGUCCUCCCGGACGCAAGGAGAAGCCGACUGACCCCGUGGAGUGGACGGUGAUGGACGUGGUGGAGUACUUCACGGAGGCAGGCUUCCCRGAGCAGGCCACAGCUUUCCAAGAACAGGAAAUCGACGGCAAGUCUUUGUUGCUCAUGCAACGCACAGACGUGCUCACCGGUCUGUCUAUCCGCUUGGGCCCCGCCCUGAAAAUCUAUGAGCAUCAUAUCAAGGUGCUUCAGCAAGGCCACUUUGAGGAUGAUGACCCGGAUGGCUUUUUGGGCUGAGCACCCAGCCUUGCCCUACCCCUACCCACUCCAACCCCCAUCUUGCCCAAGACCCCCAGAGUUCAUGAGCUGGAUGGGGACACCCUCAGCCCUCAUAACAGACUCCAGUGAGGGGGGCACCCUUCUCUGCUCUCUCUCCCCUUUAUCUCAAACACACCUGCCCCCCAACAC